CAGGCGCGUUCGCCUGGUGUGGGCGGUGCUAGAGGUUGCGGGGGGUUGUAGGGAGACGGCGCUGCCGCCAUUUUGUGGGGUGUUUGUCGCAGCUACUGGAGAGAGAAGACGGCGGUUUGCCGACAGUUCUCGGCCAAAGGGCCUUUUGUUUUUGCGGAGAUGCGGCAUUCCAAAAGAACUCACUGCCCUGAUUGGGAUAGCAGAGAAAGCUGGGGACAUGAAAGCUACAAUGGAAGUCACAAACGGAAGAGGAGAUCCCACAGCAGUACGCAAGAGAACAGAUAUUGUAAACCACAUCACCAGUUUAAAGAAUCUGAUUGAUGUUCCAUUGGGACUGUUUGCCAGAUUGCUUUCUAAAUUAGCCAGCUGGGGUUACUUUAAAAAACAUCAUUAUUUAGAAGCAAGGUCCUUGAAUGAGAGAGAUUAUCGGGACCGGAGAUACAUUGAUGAAUACAGAAAUGACUACUGCGAAAGAUAUGUUCCUAGACAUUAUCACAGAGACGUUGAAAGCAGUUAUCGAAUCCACUGCAGUAAAUCUUCAGUCCGAAGCAGGAGAAGCAGUCCUAAAAGGAAGCGUAAUAGACACUGUUCAAGUCAUCAGUCACAUUCGAAGAGCCACCGAAGGAAAAGAUCCAGGAGUAUAGAGGAUGAUGAGGAGGGUCACCUGAUCUGUCAAAGUGGAGACGUUCUAAGAGCAAGAUAUGAAAUCGUGGACACUUUGGGUGAAGGGGCCUUUGGCAAAGUUGUAGAAUGCAUUGAUCAUGGCAUGGAUGGCAUACAUGUAGCAGUGAAAAUUGUAAAAAACGUGGGACGAUAUCGUGAAGCAGCUCGUUCAGAAAUUCAAGUGUUAGAGCAUUUAAAUAGUACUGAUCCCAAUAGUGUCUUCCGAUGUGUCCAGAUGCUAGAAUGGUUUGAUCAUCAUGGUCAUGUUUGUAUUGUGUUUGAACUUUUGGGACUUAGUACCUAUGAUUUCAUUAAGGAAAAUAGCUUUCUGCCAUUUCAAAUUGACCACAUCAGGCAAAUGGCAUAUCAGAUCUGCCAGUCAAUAAAUUUUUUGCAUCAUAAUAAAUUAACCCAUACAGAUCUGAAGCCUGAAAAUAUUUUAUUUGUGAAGUCUGACUAUGUAGUCAAAUACAAUUCUAAAAUGAAACGUGAUGAACGCACACUGAAAAACACAGAUAUCAAAGUUGUUGACUUUGGAAGUGCAACAUACGAUGAUGAACAUCAUAGUACUUUGGUAUCUACACGCCAUUACAGAGCUCCAGAGGUCAUUUUGGCUUUAGGUUGGUCUCAGCCUUGUGAUGUUUGGAGCAUAGGUUGCAUUCUUAUUGAAUAUUACCUUGGUUUCACAGUCUUUCAGACUCAUGAUAGUAAAGAGCACCUGGCAAUGAUGGAACGAAUAUUAGGACCCAUACCAACACACAUGAUUCAGAAAACAAGAAAACGCAAGUAUUUUCAUCAUAAUCAGCUAGAUUGGGAUGAACAUAGUUCUGCUGGUAGAUAUGUUAGGAGACGCUGUAAACCGUUGAAGGAAUUUAUGCUUUGUCAUGAUGAAGAACAUGAGAAACUGUUUGACCUAGUUCGAAGAAUGUUAGAAUAUGAUCCAGUGAAAAGAAUUACUUUGGAUGAAGCAUUGCAGCAUCCUUUCUUUGACUUAUUAAAAAAGAAAUGAAAUGGAAAUCAGUGGUCUUACUAUACUUCUCUAGAAGAGAUUACUUAAGACUGUGUCAGUCAACUCAACAUUCUAAUAUUUUUGUAAACAUUAAAUUAUUUUGUACAUUUAAGUGUAAAUACUGUAUGUUUUGUAUCAAUAGCAUAAUUACCUUAUUAAGCAAACAUGGUCUUGAUAAUGAAAUAUAAAAGCUAAAAUUAAUUUUCCUUUUUUGAGAUUAAUUACCAUUUUUAAAAACUUUUGGAAUACCCUUUGUGUCCAGUGAUAAUUGUGAUUGAUCUUGUGUUUUGUACAUGAAAGUUGACUCUUUGAAGUGAUUUUUUUUUUUUCUGAGUAAAAGGAACUCUUGACUACUUCA